AUGUCUGAUGACGAGAUGGUUGUGGAAAUACCACCAGCGAACCUCAAAUAUCAGCUGGUACGUAGUCGUGAAUAUGAGCGGCUCUGCGCAAAUCCCAGCUGCGUGGUUUGCCCUGGCAAAAAGGGCCCCUACGAAGGCGAUAACGGCGAAACGUUAGGUGUUAAUAACGAACGUUCAAUACCGAUCUUGACUAUAGCUCUAGCAAAUCGAUAA